CAAUCAUUCAGUGGAUGAAAAGAAAAGUGGUCGAAAGUAUGGAGAGGACAAACCUAUUGAACACUUUAAAACACUGCGAACGCAUUGCUGUUCAAAAUCGGGGUCACAUGGGUUUAAGUUGUUGAUUGGCUCACGUCAAGGUCGCUCUUUGGUCCAUCGGCUUGUGGUGAAGCAGCUAGAUUAUCUAUAAAGUUCUAUUAUUGCCAUACCGAUGGAAGAUUCAAGUUUUGAAGAUGAAUCUGGUGAUGAACAUGAUGGUUAUGAUCCUGUUCGUAGUCGGAUAGUGGAUAAUCAAAAUGUAGCAUAUAAACCUAGAUAUGUUCCCUCUGAAGCUGAUGAAAAUUCGGGCUCUGACGAUCUAAGUGACGAUCUGGAAGUUCACUUAUCUUAUUCUCAUAAUCCUCCACGUUCUCCAGUUGAUUCUCCAAGUGCGCAUUCGAUCGUUAAGUCUGAACAAAAUCAUUUUUCGGGGAAUCUGGAUUACGAUAGGGAAUAUCACGUUGAACCUGUUGUGGAUGUCACUACCCCAGGUUAUGCCCCAAGCCAAGCUUUAACUCCCGAAUCCAGCCCUGCUUUGAGUUAUUCCGGAAGUGAACAUGCAUCAGACGUAGAUCUAACUAGGAAGACUGAUCCAGAUAUACCUAGUAAAGUUCAUGAAGACGUUGAAGUUGAACAUGAGAGCAACAGUGACUCAGAGUCUGUAAACGAUAAAGACCAGGAAGAGUUUCAUCAACAAGAAGCCGAUAAAACCCAAGUGAAUUCUGUAGAGGAAUAUCCCACAACCAAGCAUAAUUCUCCUAUCGAGUCACUCCAGUAUAAUGAUUUCCCUGACAUUUUUCAAGAUCAUGAUGAUGAUCAAGAACAAGGUAAAUUAAAUGAAGACUUCGAAGGUUUUGAGAGAGAUGAACAACCAGAAUCUCAAGUAGAUGGCAUCAUAGCAGAUAUAUUUGGCGAAAGUGAUGCAGAAGAAGAAUUUGAGGGCUUCGCCGAAAAUGAACUUGACAAAGGUAUUGAAGAGGAGGUUGAAAUUCAAACAUCUAGUGAGUUAGUAACAAAAAAAGGUCCCCUUACGACAGCUGGAGAAAACGAAGAUGAUGAAGAGUCUGAACACGAUGAUGAGUUUGUUUCCGACUUCGACCGGAUAAUGGAAAAAAAGAAAGAGGAAUCACGACGAAGGCGUAGACGUAAUAGGGAUAUUGAGUUCCUUAAUGAUAGUGAUGAUUUGAUUGUUGAAACUAUUUCUCGAAUGAAAAGUGCUGCCGAUGAAGACAGACAGUUACUUACAGCUAGUCGACCAGCGACUAAGAAACUGAACAUGCUCAAAGAAGUACUAGCUAUUCUUAGGCGAGCUGACCUAAAAUCCGCCUUAAUAGAAAAUGGGAUGCUUUCUGCUAUAACUGAGUGGCUAUCCCCUUUACCUGGCCAUACACUCCCGAAUCUCGUUAUUCGUGACUCUAUGUUGACUAGUCUCAGUGAGUUUCAGUCAUUGUCGUCUGAAGUUCUUCAAGAAUCCGGCAUUGGAAAAGCCUUGAUGUAUUUGUAUAAACACCCGAGAGAAACUCGAGAAAACAAGGAUCGAGCUGGAAGACUUAUCAAUGAAUGGCUCCGACCCAUAUUCAACUUGACUAGUGACUAUCGAACUCUCACUAAAGAAGAACGUAAACAGCUGGAUUAUGAACAUUUACCUAAGCGGAGAAAUAUCGACAACGAAGCCUACAACCAUCGUGACAUUAACCGUGAAUUGGAUGGUGAAGCCAAAGGACUUUUGAGGCCUGGCGAUCCUGGAUGGGUUAAUAGGGCCCGAGUUCCUCAACCGUCAAAUAAAGAUUACAUUGUCCGACCGAAAUGGCGUGUUCGAGAGAAUGCUACUGGGGAUGAUAAUGACGAAGAAGGAAAUGAUGAUCAGACAGAACAAUCUCAAUCAAUUUCUCGAAAGCACCGAAAAUCACGAACAUCUGGUUUCGGAGCUACUUCACGAAUUGAAAGUCAUAUUCGAAAUUUAAGUAAUAGUGCUCGUAAAAGUCAUGCCAAAGCUGCUCGUGCAGUUCCAAUGAGUAUUGAAGGUCGUAAUAUGUCAUUGUGAUUAGUAUUUAGUGUCAAAUGUUCUUAUUUUAAUUAUCGACUUCCUUUAAUUAUUCCGCAUCUUACUGUACAGUAUAUUUUGUGUUUUUUGUUUUGCUUACUUGUCCCAUGGUAUGAAAAUUUGGGCUAGUUUCCGUUUGUAUAUUAUAUUAUGAAAUAAGCUGAAAAUACCAUAUUCAUUGUUUUUAUUUUCAAAUAUUUUUCCAUUAUGAACAUUGGGAAUAUAGAGAAAUAUUGUCUUCUUUACAAAACACUACAUAUUUCUCAUAUGAGAUUCAUGAAUUUAUUAUUGUAUGUUGGUGUAUAUUCAGUUGCAGUGGAUACAAAGUGAUUGGUCGUUUUUUUCAUAUUUUUAACUUUUUCUGUCGUACAAUGUAAGCUUUUGUAGUCAUCAUCAUUUCAAACUUUAUUUGUACCUAAAACCUAUAUAUACUAUGUAAGAAGGAUUCAUUAAAUCACUGAUAAUUAUAAUAUCACUUAUCACCCUGUCUUCAUUACAUAUAGAAAUAAAUUAAAUCUAUUUAGAUAUGAUGGUAAACACUUUGAAGCUAACUUUGAUUAAGACUAAUUUGUUUUUUAAAGUUUUUGCUCUUAUGACAUAUGGAAUAGCUGAUCUGUAAAUAUCAUACGAUGAACUUAUGUAGCUUCUGUCUACGUAAAGGAGCCCAAUAACAGAAAAGAUCUUAAAGGAUCUCAGUUAUAAAUGAAUAAUGACGAAUGAUUGGAAGUGGUUGUAUGAAUAAAAAAUUGACAUUUAA